GCGCAGCACACGCUCACCUGCACGCCACACACGCCUAUCUAGCCAACCGCACCCUUCGAGCUCGCCUCGGUCGUCGCUCCACCUCGUCGAACCUUCACACGUCGUCGCAAGAUGCUCGAUCUCUCGCUCCCGACCUCGAUGGACGGCUUUACCAGGUCCAUCUCGGUCAUCCUGACGAGCGAGAUUGGCGACCGCACCUUCCUCAUUGCCGCCAUCCUCUCGAUGCACCAUCCUCGCGUCACCAUCUUCGCCGCCGCCCUGUCGGCCCUCGGCGUCAUGUCGUUCCUCUCGGCCCUCCUCGGCAACAUCCUCCCCGGCCUCUUGCCCAAGCAGUACACGACGGCCGCCGCCGCCGUCCUCUUCUUCGUCUUUGGCGCCAAGAUGCUCAGCGAGGGCCUCGAGAUGGAGGGCGGCGAGGCCGGCCGCGAGAAGCUCCAGGAGGAGCUGCGCGAGGUGCAGAAGGAGGUCGAGGAGGCCGAGGAGGAGGUGACGGGCCGGCCGGGCGGGCUCGCGCUCGACGACAUGGAGGAGGGCCGACGAGCGACGGGUUCGGCCGCGCACGCCGAGUCCGACGAGGGCCUGCCGCAGCCGGUGACGGGCCGCGCACGGAGCAAGAGCCUGUCCAAGGCCAAGGACAGCGCCGUCGCGAGCGUGCGGGACGGCGUCAAGAACCUCGCCCAGCUCCUGUUCAGCCCCAUCUUUAUCCAGGCCUUCAUCCUCACUUUCCUCGCCGAGUGGGGCGACCGCAGCCAGAUCACGACCAUCGCCCUCGGCGCAGCGCAUAACGUCUGGAUCGUCACGUUCGGCACGACCCUCGGACACUCGGUCUGCACGGGUGGAGCAGUCCUCGGCGGCCGGUGGAUCUCGCAGCGCAUCUCGCUCAAGCACAUCACCCUUGGCGGCGCCGUCCUCUUCCUCAUCUUUGGCAUCAUGUACUCGUACGAGGCGUGGUACUUUGUCGAGGAGCCGCUCGACGCACUCAAGUCGUAAAGACGGGGCUCGAGCGCGAGGGGUGGAGGCUCGAGAAGGGCUUUCUUGGGGCGGCAGGGCGUAAUGCGAUACCUUUAGACUUCUC